AUGGAAAAUUCUCUGCCAGAUGGCCUGGCUGCUUGGCAACCGCCUGGCGUCGUCACCCCCCCGGCCCCCCCGCCAGGCUUGGAUGCCAGCCAGAGGGGAGGGCUCAGGCUGCGUCGGCAGAGGGAGCGGGCGCAGAGGGGAAGUGUGGGGCCGUGGGGCUGGCAGGCCAUGAAGCAGCGGGACAGGAGCCCCCACCGGAACAAGCCGUGGAAGAAACUCAAGAGCAUGGUCCACUGGUCGCCUUUCGUCGUGUCCUUCAAGAGGCGCUACCCAUGGGUGCAGCUCGCCGGCCAUGCGGGGAAUUUCAAAGCCGGGGACUACGGGCGGAUCCUGAAGAAGUUCUGCCCGCGGGAGCAGCAGUGCCUGGAGCGCCUCAUGCGGGACUCGCUGCGCCCCCACGUGCCCGCCUACUUCGGGCUGGCGCAGCGGGACGGCGAGUGCUACAACCAGAUGGAGGAUCUGCUGGCCGCCUUCGAGACACCCUCCAUCAUGGACUGCAAGAUGGGGGUCAGGACGUACCUGGAGGAGGAGCUGGAGCAGGCCCGGCAGAAGCCCCGGCUGCGCCGCGACAUGUACGAGAAGAUGGUGGCGGUGGAGCCGGGGGCGCCCACGCCCGAGGAGCACGCCCAGCGCGCCGUGCUCAAGCCCCGCUACAUGCAGUGGAGGGAGUCGCUUAGCUCCAGCGCCACGCUGGGCUUCCGCAUCGAGGGCAUCAAGAAAGCCGACGGCACCUGCAGCACCAACUUCAAGAAGACGCGGCUGCCCGAGCAGGUGGUGCAGGCGCUGGGCGACUUCGUGGACGGCGACAGAACCAUCCUGACAAACUACCUGGGCCGCUUGAAGGAGCUGCGGGCGGCGCUGGAGCAGUCCGAGUUCUUCACGACCCACGAGGUGGUGGGGAGCUCUCUGCUUUUCGUCCAUGACCGGACGGGGCUGGCCAAGGUCUGGAUGAUCGACUUCGGCAAGACGGUGCCGCUGGCCGGGGGGCAGACGCUGACGCAUCGGCUGCCGUGGGUGGAGGGGAACCGGGAGGACGGCUACCUCUGGGGGCUGGACAAUCUCAUCGCCAUCUUCAGCACCAUGGCGCAGGCCUGAGCCGGGACACCCAGCCCCGGCUCUGGGCAAUAGCCGGGCACUGCCGUGCGGUGCCCUCCCUGCCUCUUAUUUAUACAGCCAGAUAUGCUACAGCCCGUCCGCCCGGGCCGGCUUCCGGCGGCUCGCACGGCCCCGCGCCGGGGCCAGGAUGGGGCAGCGCCUGGCCCGUCACACAGACGUCAGGGCACCCGGUUUACACCAGCUAACGGGAAGGGGCAAGAACUGGUCCCGCUUCCUGCUCAGCUGUUCGUUCCGCGGCCCAGCCCGAGGGAGAGUGAGGCCGGGGGAACCCUGGGAAGGCCGAGAUUGGCCCCCGGCGCUGGAGCUUUGGGGCGCUCGACGGGAGACCCCAGCGUUUUGGGGGGCACUGGCUCAGCGAUCCUGCACUCCAGGCCCUGGCAGUGACGCCAGCUGGAACCGAACGGGGCCCGGAUCCUCUGGGCCCCUCUCCUGUUCACGGCCCAUUUUCCUUCAGCUGGGUUGGGGGGGAGGCCUCCCAGCCCCACUUCCUGCCCCUGCUGGUAUCGGAGCCAGCCCCACCAGCGGGCUGCUCCAGGGGACCUGGUCUGCCGGGAGCUGCCCGUGGGCGGAGCAGCAGCUCCACGUUACCGAUUCAUGGGAUGGUAAAUUCAAGACACUUGCAAAGACUUUUUGGCAAUAGCGACUGGGCCCUGGUGUGGCAGGCGGCUGUGGGCUCUGGCGCGACCCUCCCGGGCGGUAGGUCGCCCCCCAGCUGCAGGGUUCUCGGCCCUUCCCCUGAAGCAUCUGUGCCCCUGCUGGAGGGGCGGGUGCGGCCGGCGAUUUCCACCCCCUGCACUUUCUUCUGCUGUGGCAAGGAGGCUCCGCCGGCCCGUGGCCGGGAAAUGAGAACCCCGAGUUACUGCGAAGCUUGCGCCCGCCGUGGGGAGCUCAGGGGUUGCCUGUGGCUGAGUCUAUUCUCACCCGGGGGUGGUUUUCCUGGCGGCUGGAGAGCUGGAAAGCUCGGCCCGUCUUUACAGGGGUCUCGGCCCUUUGAGAACCAACCGGGACGCCACCUCCCCUGCCAGCUUUGGGUGGUUCUCCUAGCCCAGCCUUGGGCUCGCCCCGGGCUCUCGCCAGCCGCGGGCCACCUCUCUGCCAGGCUCCCGGCCCAGGGCGCGGGACGCACGCGCCGCACCUGAGUCACAAGGGCCCGCGUGCUGGAAAUGCGGCUGCCCCGGCUGAGCCACUGGCUCCGAGCCUUUGGUUCCAAACUCGGAGAGCAGCUGCCAUGGGUGCUAGUCCCUGCCGGCCAGCCCAGGGCCCCGCAGCGGAACUGACAGCAGCACUCAGAGUCCCCAGCCGAGAUCUGGGCCCUGCACGCACCCCGGGAGUGACAGUCCCUGCGCCGAAGAGCUCACAGUCCAAAGGGUGGGAGGGGAAACCGAGGCACAGAGUGGGGCAGAGGCUUGCCCGGGGUCAGUGGCAGAGCUGGGAAUGGAACCCAGGAGGCAGCACCCAACCCACACGACCGUGCUGCCCGAGGCUGUGAGCGGGUCAGCUCCUGGGGCGGAGGGGGGGUUCUGAACAGGUCCCCCAGUGGCAGUGGAGCGAGGGAUGCUCCUGCCCCCUGCACGCAGGCAGGGCGUUCUCGGGACCGAGUGUUGGCCCUGGCCCAUUCCUCUGUGUGGGGCUCUGCCGCCCCUCUGGAGCUGGGCACACGGCCAGGCCUCUGGGGCCGGAAC